AUGUCCUUGGUCAUGAAGCACCUUCAGCAGAACGAGCCAACGAGGAACGAAUUGGUACCCAGCGAAAGCCUAGAUGCUCUUUUUGUCCAAUUAGGAAAAAUAGAUUUACAAAUUACCAAUGUGAUGACCAUCAAGUCUUCAAAGGCGCCACAUAAAGAAUCCAUCACCAGCAGCAGUUCUUUAAACUACCAGCGAGCUCAGUACCGAUCCAGGAAGAAACCAGUUAGAACAGAAGAUUACAACGUAUCACUCGGGAGACAGCAAUCUCGAGAACAAUCGCAGGUGAACUAUUAUCCCUCAGGCCGGGUUUCUGAACAGGAGGGAGUCGAAAAAAACAACCUACAGGGCAUAACAGAUCAUGGAAUUGAAGUUCUGGGUAUGAAAGCGAUGAAUACCACGCGAGACACUUUUAAAGUUGUGGUUAAUGACCAAUUUAUUCUUGAAGAAGAGGAUAUCAUAGCGGUUUUUGCUAACCCUCAAUUGGAAGAAUGCGAUGGAAAAAUCAUUUUCCAAUUCAAAAAGGAUAUUGGCGUGAAAGAACUAUCGAAGAAAUCCAAGUUGUCCUAUGCUGCUGUUAUGUUUUGUUGGAAAAUACUGGUAUAA